UUUGCCGUGUACACGAAAAAUGUCCAACAACACGGUAUCGUGGUUAAUCGUGUGGUAACUUAAACUAACCAACCAACCACAGCAAAGGAUUUGUAUGCACGCACACAAGUACGUGUAAAGUGAAAACCCGACGCAGCAUCCCUUGACUAAAUUUUUGUUGCUUGUUUGUAGAUAAUUGUAUAUUGUUAUUAAUCAUCGUAACGACGGACGUGAUUUCACGUCCAAUUCGGCGUUCCACAGCAAACAUUCUAGCAGCGACAACCGCUUUUCUGUACAUCACACUUUGUGUCUCGGUGCUACACCAAAAUCAAAGUUUUCAUCAGAAGUGAAGCGUCUUGGUCAAAUGGUAGUCGGCUCGUCGUGUUAAAGCUUUCAACGACAAUCACCACCGUAUUGAUUAUUCAAAUUAAUUUUGACGUACAGUUCAAUUUAAAGAAAAAUAGAAAUACUAUUACAGUGAUCAUAAUGACCAACCAUGAUGAAGAUUAUAAAAACAUGCUGGCUAGUUUCCGGACUACCGACUUGCAAACAUUAUUGGUAGCUUUUGGUCGAAAUAAAACAGGACGAAAAUCUGACUUAAAAGAUCGGGCACUUGAGUUAUUAAGAACUAGCCAAGUUGGCUUUAACCACGCGGCAUAUAGAGCAAAAAUAUAUGAAAUAUAUCGUUCCAUACAAAUAGAUUCGCCUAAUAAUAAUGAUAUGAUGCGCAGCUUAUUACAAACCCAACAGACACAAAUGACGGCCAUGGGGCAGAUACAGGCUCCACAACAAAGAAUGUACCAACCUCCACCACAAUAUCCUCAACAGCCAAUGCAUAUGACCCGAGCUGGGUUACCACAGGUUAUGCCACAAAUUCAAAGAGGCAUUAAUUAUAGUAAUUCAAUUGGAGCAAAUACUAUGGCUAACAAUAACAUCCAAUAUAUAGCAGGCAGUUAUCAGCCUUCUGGACCUCGUUCUAUUACAUCAUCUAAUUUGUCCUCAAGUCAACAAAUGAAUGUGGUCUCACAAGAUCCAUUGAGAUAUGAUACGGGAAGAAUGCCAGUUGGAAAUAAUUUGUAUACUCCAUCUCCUGAAACUGUAGCCCUAAUCAAGUUCAAAAAGUUACCAUUUUAUGAAGUAAUUGACGAAGUUAUAAAGCCAACUUUUCUAGCCGGCACGGAGAAAUGUACAUUACAAAACUCUGAAUCCAGACGAUCUCCAAGACCUAUAAAUUGCACUCAACUUGUCAAACUUUCUCCAAUCACUCCCAACAUGAUCUAUGUAAAUUGGACUCCCGAUGAAAAAAAUUAUGUUAUAGCUAUGUAUCUUGUAAAAAGAUUAACUGCAGAAACUUUAAUAAAAAGACUUCAAGAUAAAGGAGGUAGGAGUUCAGAAGAGACCAAAAACUAUAUAAUUAAAAAGUUAGCGGAAGUGGAUCCAGAUUUGGCCACUACGUCUUAUCGAUUUUCCUUAGUAUGUCCAUUGAGUAAAAUUAGAAUGAAGAUACCUGCUAAAUCUAUACAUUGUGAUCAUUUACAAUGUUUUGAUACUAGUACAUUUAUCUUAAUGAAUGAGAAAAAGCCAACAUGGAUGUGCCCAACUUGUAAUAAGCCUUGUUUGUAUGACGACAUACAAAUAGAAAAUUAUUUUUUGGAAGUUGUUUCAUGUCCAACACUCAAAGAUUGCAGCAAGGAAAUUGAAAUAUUAGCUGAUGGUACAUGGAUAGUUCAUGAAGAAAAUAAAGAGACAAAAACCAAAAAUAGUACACCUGAUGCAAAAUUAAAACCUAUUGACUCUGUGGAUUUAGAUAGCGACGAAGAAAAAUCCAUUGAUAUGAAUGUAGAACUUAACACUGAGACUGUCAAACGCCAAGAAAAUGAAAACUUCAGCUUUGUCGAUUUAACGUUAAGUGACAAUGAAGAAGAACUGCCGAAAGAAAAACGUAAACAGGAAAAUGAGGCACAGGCUGCUGAUGCUAUACAACCAGUUGCUGUAGUUAAUUUAAAACCACAAGCUCAAGUACAGCCGCAACAAGCUGUUACCAGUUCUGAGCAAGGAGUAGUAAUUGAAAUAGACAGUCCAUCCCCUCCUUCAAGUCCUAUCCCUACGACUGAAGCCCCCUAA